UCUUACUCCAAGUGAAACCUAACAGCAAUUCAGAAAGCUCUUGAGGCAUAAACCACCAAUCCAAAACGACGCAAGACCAAAACAAAAUGGGGAAUGAAAGCAGGAACGUGUUGAAGCCGAUGGACUCAGAGCAACUCAGAGAAUACGGACAUCGACUGAUCGAUUUCAUUGCCGAUUAUUACAAAACCAUCGAAAGUUUCCCUGUUCUUAGCCAAGUUCAGCCUGGUUAUCUUCAUAAGCUUUUGCCUGAUAUCGCACCAGACCACCCUGAAACGAUGGAGCAAGUUCUUGAUGAUGUUCGGGCGAAGAUAUUGCCUGGAGUAACGCAUUGGCAAAGCCCGAGUUUCUUUGCUUAUUACCCUGCCAACAGCAGUGUUGCCGGGUUCUUGGGUGACAUGAUGAGUGCUGGUCUUGGAAUUAUGGGUUUCAGUUGGAUAACUUCUCCAGCUGCCACCGAGCUCGAGAUGAUCGUUCUUGAUUGGCUUGCAAAACUUCUCAACCUACCCGAGCAGUUUCUAUCCAAAGGAAAUGGAGGUGGAGUAAUACAAGGGUCAACUAGUGAAGCUAUUCUUGUUGUUCUGAUUGCUGCACGCAACAAGGUUUUAAGAAACGUUGGGCAAAACGCGCUUGAGAAGCUUGUUGUCUACUCCUCUGACCAGACUCAUUCAGCGUUUCAAAAGACCUGCCAGAUUGUUGGAAUCCAUCCAGAGAACUGCAGGGUUCUGGAAACCGACGCCUCUACAAACUACGCUCUGCGUCCAGGAUUGCUUCAAGAAGCUGUUUCUCAAGAUCUUGAAGCUGGAUUGAUUCCAUUCUUCUUAUGUGCUACUGUUGGAACCACUUCUUCAGCCGCCAUUGAUCCAUUGGCUGAAUUGGGAAAGAUCGCUAACAGGAAUGACAUGUGGUUUCACGUAGAUGCAGCUUAUGCUGGAAGUGCUUGUAUAUGUCCAGAGUACCGACAUUACAUCGACGGUGUGGAAACUACAGACUCUUUUAGCAUGAGUGCUCACAAAUGGUUCCUUACUAAUUUCGAUUGUUCACUACUUUGGGUGAAGGAUCAAGAUUCUCUCACUGAAGCUCUUUCAACAAAUCCGGAGUAUCUCAAAAACAAGGCCUCUCAGGCAAACUUGGUUGUUGAUUUCAAAGAUUGGCAAAUCCCUCUAGGACGAAGUUUCAGAUCAUUGAAACUAUGGAUGGUUUUACGGCUCUAUGGAUCUGAGGCCUUGAAGAAUUAUAUAAGAAACCAUAUCAAACUCGCUAAAGAUUUCGAACAACUUGUCUCUGAAGAUCCUAACUUUGAGGUAACUGUUAAAAUCUCUAAAACUCUUUAA